CAUUUGCUUGCUGCCCCCCAUUUGGAUUGGAAUUGGAAUUGGAAUUGGAUGGACCACACGACACCACACGAAAUAUCGGGGAGACGAGACGAGACGACGACGAGAAAUCAGCCGACCAUGUCCUCCGGCGACCUCCACCUCGACGGCGCCGCCCUCAUCCUCUCCCUCCCCGAGGACGUCCUCGCCCUGAUCUCCGCGCACCUCCGCCCCCGCGACCUCCUCGCGCUCUCCGCCACCUCCCGCCGCCUCCGCGACGCGCUCUACGGGGGCGGCGCCGACAAGGCCUGGCUCGCCCAGUGCCGCCGCCUUCUCCCCUCGCCGCCCCACCUCCUCGCCUGGCGCGCCGCCGCGGGGGGAUCCUCCCUCGCCGUCUGCCGCUUCCUCCACUCCGCCGCGCCGCUGCUCGGCGCCCUCUGGGCCCACCAGAACCCCGAGCUCGGCAACCUCGUCGCCGCCGUCCCGGGCUUCCUCUCCGUCGUCGCCGCCCGCGCCAUCCCGCAGGAGCUCUCCCCGCGCCUCCGAUGGGCCCCCGUCUUCGAGCUCCUCGCCGACGCCCACGGCCGCCCCGCCAUCCUCUUCCUCCACGGCCACCAACCCGCCGACCUCUUCCCGGCCCGCCUCUCCUCCCUCCAACCCCACGCCAACGUCCUCUUCCUCGAGGCCCAAACCGACCAGGAUCCCAUCGCCUCCUCCUCGCACCAGUUUCCCCGCCUCGCGUUCGGCGACCGCCGCCGCCUGCUCGACUCCCUCGUCGCCGCCUGCCGCGUCACGCUCCCGCCCGACCUCGUCGCCGCGCCACUCUUCGCGCGCUCUGAGGACGACCUUCCGGUUCUCGCAGCUCGACGGGAGGCGAUGCUGCGGCUGCACAGGGAGGCCGGCGGGGGCAUGGUGUGCACCACGGAGGUCGAGGGACUCCUCGAAGCCAAGAAGAAGGGAGAGCCGACGCCGUUGCCGAGCAACGGUGGGGAGAGGAUCCGCCUGCGGAGGAGCCUCUCCGCUGUAGCAGGGUAUGUCAGGAACAGCCUGCGCCAGAUGGUGACGAGAUCGGUGUCAGCAAAUUCCAGGGCUGAGUAUGUGGACACCAAACAUCUGCCGUUGGCUGACUUCUUGCACAAUGGUGAGAGCGUCGGCCUGAGCCUCCGAGGCGCUAGAGUGCGGCUAUCCACUUACCGAGCAUGGCCGAGCAUGCAUGACAACCGGUUCGCACUCUACAAGCUCACGCUGCAAGCGCCCAUGCCAGGAAGGGAGUAUGCCGGGCUGUGGGGAGGCACCUUCGGGUGGCCUCCAGGGCGACCCGAGGAUGAGUGCAAGCCCAGGAAGGCGCUUUUCUUCUUGCUGCUAUCAUAUGAGGUGGACAGUGAGGGGAAGCUUCUGCUCAUUGCCACUAAGGUGUUGGAGGGGACACACUAUGUCGUGCAUCCGAAUGGGUCAUCCAUGUUUAUCGCAAGGAUGUGUGAGCCAUCAACAGAGGCUUUUCCCUGGCAGACAGAUGGGGAGUCCCGAAAUGUGGAUGUUGAGAGAGGCUUUGCAGGAGAGGGGAUUGCCAACGGGUAUGGCUUCAGGUACCCUGGCUCUAAGCCCGGCUCACUGUUUGUCCUCCAGGAUGGUCAGCUUGCAUUUGUUUGGAGAGAGACCGGAGCUGUGCUCACCUUGCAAAGACUCAAUUUGGAGGAGUUGAUGAAGAAAGGGGAGCGUGUGCCUGCAUUGCAGCCAGUACCAAAUUUUGCAUACCUGACAAAGUCUUACUCCAACGUGUUCACUGGUUUCCCUGGCAGUUCGGCUUCACCCAGGGUGCUCUUGGAUCUAGCUUCGCCUCUGGUCGCAGCCCCCUCCCAUCCACUCGCGCCGCCAGGGUGUGGCACUGCUGCCCAAGCUUGGCUCCUCAAACCUGGAUUCCUGCCGACAUCAGAUUUGCUGAAGGGGCACCGUGCUGCCUACUCAAACUGCUCCUCCAGCUCAGUAACAAAGAACGGCCGUGGAAUCACAGCUACAACCUGCAGGAUGGACGAUGGCUUGGCAGUGGUCGUGAUCGCCGGUUAGGCCUAGGCUCUACCACUCUCCUGGAUGAGGAGGUCAGUACCACUAAAACAGGAGGAGAGACAGAGACCACAACUGUGAUAAUUCACGUCUUCUAAAUUAUUGCCUCCAUACAUAUCUUGUGCAUACCAUGUGUUCGAUAAAAUGCAUUAAUAAUAAUAAUGGAGAUAAGUUGUGUAUCAGUCAUCCAUUCAUCCACCAAAAUAUUUUUUCUCUAAAACUAGCUGAAUAGAGAACUCUGGGCAAUCCAUAUGUUAUGCUCUUUCAAGAGUCGAUUCUCUAAAACAAGGCUUAGCUGUUAUUUUUUUACCUGAUUUAACCAAGUUCUUUAACCUGUUCAUUCCAAAAUUGGUUUCAUGCAUAAAUGCUACGGAGUUCAGGUGCCAGAAUAAUGUUUAUUUCCAUUCACUCCAGUGCUAAUUCUUUUUAUGUGCAGGGUUCUUACUAGAACAACCGGUCAUUGAGCAUGUCCUGGGCAACAUCGGGUGUCUGGAUAGCUUAGAGGGCUCUCUGGGCAGUAGUUUAUCGACUAUAACGUAAACUUUAAGCACUUUUCUACUACACAUCAUCUAAAAAAUAUGUGAGCUGUUUCAUAGAGCUUCCUACUAUGCAUAUUCAGAUUAUAAAUAUAUACAAUGAUGAUGAAGAAAGCUAUAUAAGGACAGUUGGAACAAUGUCUUAUGCUAUUGUUGGAAUGGAGAAUCAUAUGGCUCUGAAUCAAAUAAUUUAGGUACCUAAAACUUUGCAUAUGUAUAUGCCUUUUUGUUAGCUAAGUUUGUUCUUAGUGAUCUGGUUUGCAUACCCAUUUAUAAGAGGAACUACUAUUUGUAUAGUUCUAUUUCUCGGUUGUCGUUCUAGUUUGCCAGAAAUACAGCAAAUAAAAUACCUAUGGUUUUUGUCAGAACAGGUCUGAAUCUAUGUCCUUCUUAGUUCCGAAAUGCGGCAGACAAGCAAAUAACAAACAAAAAUACUAUCUAAGAUUGUCGUAGACAGGUAGGACGAGGUUUCUGCUUGAUGCCUGCGCAUAUGCAAAAUCAUUUAGUGCAGGAUCUGAAAAAUCAGGUGGAUGGGUGGCAUCUCGCUUGCAUUUCCAAUUGUGCUCUGGUUUUUUACAAAUCUCUCUCUAUUUGAUUGAUUACUAUCUUGAGAUGAACUACCAAUUAUUCUUGGAUGGUUGUGCAGGUCUGAUUGUCGCCUCCUCGCACAACUGCAGCUUCCCAGUUAUGAUGCAGCGGCGGUUCGGUGGCAGCACAGAGAGUUUGCAUGGCAGUUAAAAAAAACGAGAUUUGCUUCUACAGCAUUUUAAUACUGGACAACAAUUUGGAUAAGUAAUCCUGGUUGCAGAAGCAAUGAUUAUUUGUUCAUGUUCGAGGUUGUUGGAACAGAGUCAACUCUUCGGACAAAUAUAGAGACCAAAGGUUCUACCUAUUCGAUGGAGAAGAUGGCAGCUAGCGGUGGAGAGGAGCAGGGGCUGAAGGUAUGCGACCUUGAGAGCAGCAGGAUGGCCCAGUAAGAGGCGAGGCAUCAGUGUUGGCGGAACAGAGAAGUACGAUUAUGUAAUAAUUCAUUGAUGAGUUCAUUCUUUGAUAUUAUCAUCUGAAUGCUGGUAGCAUCGUAGAUCAUGAAAGGCGCAUUCAUGGGCUGAUGCUACGACACAAGAUCUCCUGAAGUUACAGAUACAAUGCAACUCUGCUUGUUCUUCAAAUGGAUGUAUCAAAGCAUGUUAAUUGUGAAUAGGAUGUAUAAAAUGAUAUAACUGUGAGCAAAUGUCAAUCAACAUACUAUCUCCUUUUAUGAGCA